AAUGCGGAUAAUUUCUAUUGAGAAUUGGAUUUACGUUUCAUAGAUGGUUGAUCAUUUUGAUAUGUUUUCAUUUAUGUAGUCUUAAUUCUACACCUUCGCUUAAUGCGUAAAAGAAUCUAAUACACAAGGUUGCGUUGAAAAUCGUAACAGUGCGUGUCCCAAAUAUUCAAAAGAUUGGACUUUUAUUUGUUAACCUCUACGAAAGACGGCCACCGAUUAGUUUCUUUAAUAAGCAGUAAAGAUAAUAGAGCCAGCGAUACGGAUUAAUAAAAACUCAACAGACAAUCGGGAAUAAAUAUUGAUCUUGUUUUUAUUACGGAAAACCGGAGAACGGGAAAUAUUACAAUAUAACGUCUGAAAUUGUUACUGAGGGAGUGUAUGCUUGGAUGUUACACGUCCGUGCUAUAGAAAUACAAGUUUAGAAAGGGAAUUAAUAAAUAUUUACUAAACUAAAUGUAUAUUUAAAUAGGAAAAGAGACAAACGGUUUGAUACACAUGUAUGAUUAUGUUACAGGAAAAGAGUGCGGAUCCUGUGUAAGAAUCUUAAGUUGAAUGUGUCUUGAUAUAGUGGAUGUUGUACACAUGUUGUACACAUGCAGAGAUUAAAUUUUAUUGUAACAGUAACAAUUGUACACUCAGGAUCAAAAUGGAUUUAAAGCAGAAGAUGAAUUGAUAUGGUCAAGAUUGAUUCAGAUAUUAGCAACAUGAGAUUUAAUCGUCGUGUCCUCUUCCUGGUCGUCCUGUGUACAUGUCUCGUCUGCUUCUCCUUCUGGUCAAGAUGUAUUCUUACGCCAGAGUCUUCCGACCUUAACAGGAAACAGAUUGUGGAUAUAGGAGCAGAAGAUGGAUUUGGUGACGUACAUUUCGUACAACGAGGUGCCAAGAAUUAUAACGCGCCCGUCAAUGAAAUGGAGGUACCAUUAUCAAACCUGCAGGAGAUCGAGUGCGAGAUUAAUAAAGAGUACUCGGUACAGUGUCGUAAAGACAAUAAUGAAGUUUAUCUACCCUUUAGCUUCAUACAGAAGUAUUUUGAGGUAUAUGGAGAGUUUGAGAAUGUUGACGGACUUGACAAGUUUGAAUUCUCUCACAGUUACUCUGAAGUGCAUCAGCCGCCGGAGGAAAUCAGACCUGACGGGGCAUUUAUGUCAUUCGAGCAUUAUAAUGUAGAAAUUAGGAAAAGGGUUAAGUGCAUAACUGCUAUAGAAGGGGUACCAAUAUCGACACAAUGGGAACCAGCCGGGCAUUACUAUCCUAUACAGAUUGCUCAGUUUGCGCUGUCUCACUAUAGUAAAUAUUUGAAGGAAGGGGAACCAGAUGUGAUCUUGUUGCUGAGCGGUGAAGAGAGAGACAUAGAGAAAACAUGGCAAAAGGGAGGCAAUGUCAAUGUUAAAAGUGUGUGGAGUAAAACACGUUCCUCUCAGGUUGUGGAAUUCCAGUCGUCAGAUUCAUUAUCAAAUGUAGGAUUUUACACAAUGAUGAAGGAGUCGUCUAAUUAUGCUGUGAACUUUGACUUCCGUGUCCUAUCAAAUGGAAGCAUUAGUAUAACAUUAAAAAAUGAUGGCACAACAUUCCAUAUACAUUAUGUGUUCUCAGAUACGCUUAUUACUUGUGAUGGCAAAAACAUUUAUUAUGGACUUGGCGAGAGCCGCCACGGGGAUUGGAUUCACUUCUCCCGUGAUACAGACAUGGAUCUAUUGAAAGGCCUAGCUUUAAAGUGUACGAAACAUAGAAAAUUAGGUCGAGUGACGUUGCAAGGUAUCACGUUUCGAGGUCACGGUUGGGUUGAUAAUGUAACUGUGUCUUCUGCGACACAUAUGGACCAUUUUUUUAAUGCGGCUAACUGGUUUGUAUCACAUCAGGAUCGCCGAGGCGGUUGGCCGAUCAUGGUUACUCGCAAGCUCAUAGCUGGAGUCAUGGAACUACAGCCAGGAUGGUAUUCAGCCAUGGCUCAAGGUCAUGGUAUAUCAACUUUAGUGCGUGCAUAUUUAAAAUCUAGAAACUCAAUUUAUUUAAAAACUGCUAUAAAUGCAGUAAAGCUAUUUGAAAUCAGCAGUGCUCAAGGUGGUGUUAAAGCGCGUUUUGCGAACACAUAUGACUGGUAUGAGGAAUAUCCUACGACACCGAGUAGUUUUGUUUUAAAUGGGUUUAUUUUCUCAUUAUUUGGUCUUUAUGACCUUAAAGAAAUAGCAACUGGAGAACCAUUGAAGACAGUAACUCGUUUAUACGAAGAGGGGUUAAAAUCGUUAAAAGCCAUGUUGCUUAUGUAUGACUCUGGGUUCGGAACAUUUUAUGAUCUCAGACAUAUUAGUGCGGGUCUUGCACCCAACCGAGCCCGCUGGGAUUAUCAUACAGUCCAUAUUAGUCAACUUCUCCAGCUAUCAAAGAUGGAAGACGAACCGUUGUUUGUACGGACAGUGAAACGAUGGCAGGAUUAUAUGAAAGGAGUUCGGUCACCUCAUAACUGAAAUAUUCUUACACCAAACAUCUGUGUUAUUAAAUCUGUAUCCCUAACAGGAUGAAAAAGUAAACCCUGCCUUGUCAGUAUAUAGAGGGAUUUUAAAAAAAAAGACAGCACCCGUCUGGUAUGUUUACCUUGACCCCAAGAAAGUUGUCUAAUGGUAGAGUUUAAAGUAUGGAAGUGUUGACCAUGGAAAGUGUUCAAUGAAAAAUCCAAAUGAAUGUGUUUAACACAAAGAUAAUUAUGUUGAGAUAUCUGGACAAAACAAAGCAACACGUUACUUUUAAUGUGUUAAAAAUCCAAUAAAAUUAUUAUAUGUCUUAAAACCUUGAAAUGGAUAUUGUUAUUAAUGUUAUGUUUUUUUAUUCAGUAGAUGUUAUUACUGUAUCAUUAUGCCAUAGUGACUAUGGUUCCUGGCUGGAUAAGAAAUUAUAUAUAUUACAUAUAUAUGUGUG